AUGGAAGCUAGAAUGAGACCAUCUUCCUAUGGUCUUCCUGUGAAUAGCCCAGAUCAUGAGAAAUCGUUGCUGAUUGUCUCCUUGAUGGGCCUGCACAAAGGUGGCGACGUGAUGCUCUCCCAACACUUCCGAAAGUCGCUUCCUGACAACGUCCAUAUCCAAACAUGGCAUCCAUCGGAUUCCCUGCUACAAUCAAUUGCUAGCAAAAGCCCGCGCCGGGACUGUGUGGGCACCAUUUACGCUGUCGCAAUCCUGGCAUACCGAUCGGGCUGGUCGGGCCUGAUUGUAGCAGAUGCUUUGACUUCACGCCAGCUCAGUGGAACUCAGCGUGUGGGCGAAAGUCCGUUGGUUUCGGUCAUCAUGGUAGCCGUUAAACCAAGUAUACCCCUAUCAUCACCAGACACUUCAGAGAAUGAUGAAGUUCACGUCUUUCUCGAACGCACGACUGGCGACGAAGGAGAAAACGCAGCACUACUGAAGGCAUUGCAAAACCUGGAGGUUUCCGAGCCGUAUAGCUACGAUUGGUUAUACACCAUGGGCGAUGGUAUCUACACUGAAAUGGGCCUCGUCCUAAAUGAUCCAGAUCGCCCAGUGUUCUCUGCGGACACGGCGAAACUACUUGGACAUGAGGAACUCUCGAACGCCAUGACUAAGAUUCUACUGCAGCACACGCCCCUUCCCGCGGAGAUAGUUCUUCGGACUGUCUCCUAUAUCCAUGAUGAACAGCUCAAUCCGAUGCCUUCAUGGCUGGGCAUCUUCAGCUUGCAGAAUCUGUAUUUUGUAGUAUUGUUCCCUACUACAGCCGAGGAGCUCAGCACUAUGCACUCCACGAUACAGAAGGCAGUUAGCUUUCUGCUGGAGACAAAGUCGCGCUAUCGGUAUGAAAUGAACGUCCGAUUGAUCCCAUGGGAGCUCCAUCGUGUCGCAUCUCGACGUGACUUACUACGCACGUACAGGGAAUAUCGACAACGACAGCCUGGUCAUAACAUGCAUUUCAUUCCUGGGCCCUUCAAAUACGAUGACGAUGAUGAUGUAUACUUUACAAAAUUCGGGAUCAUACGUUUUGAAAUCCAGGAGUUAGCAAUCGUCUCGUGGGCGACAUUGGGCGAAAUUCUUGAAUAUACCUAUGGAAGACCCGAGUGCCCGAAUUUUGAAAUGAUAUAUCCAUUCGACAGGCCGUUUCACGUCGACCUUCCACUCUGGCUAUCGGCUGAUUCGGAGGAUGACUCCAUACCAGUGUUCUAUCUCACCAACAAACUGACAGACGAACAGGACAAGGCAAUUCGAGACGAAAUGGACAGGGGGGACGAUGACCAUAUCAAAGAGUAA